GCGAGGAGCGCGGAGGGAGCUUUGCGGCUGCGGCGUACGGAGUUGGCGCAAGGGGCGCCGUCGGCGUACUCCGGAAGCGGGCGGGGGCAUGAGUGUGCUGUUUUGAGGGAGGCGGCGCGCGGCCGGCAGCCAUGAGCUACGACCGGGCCAUCACCGUCUUCUCUCCGGACGGGCACCUCUUCCAGGUGGAGUACGCCCAGGAGGCGGUGAAGAAGGGCUCCACGGCGGUUGGGGUAAGAGGGAAGGAUAUUGUUGUUCUUGGCGUGGAAAAGAAGUCCGUGGCGAAACUUCAGGAUGAAAGAACUGUACGGAAGAUCUGCGCUCUCGAUGACAAUGUCUGCAUGGCUUUUGCAGGGCUCACAGCUGAUGCCAGAAUAGUUAUAAACAGAGCUCGUGUAGAAUGUCAGAGCCACAGACUCACCGUGGAGGAUCCGGUCACCGUGGAGUACAUCACGCGCUACAUCGCCAGCCUGAAGCAGAGGUAUACCCAGAGCAACGGUCGCAGGCCUUUCGGUAUCUCUGCUCUCAUUGUGGGAUUUGACUUUGAUGGAACCCCCCGGCUGUACCAGACCGAUCCCUCUGGCACAUACCAUGCUUGGAAGGCUAAUGCCAUUGGCAGAGGAGCUAAAUCUGUACGUGAAUUCCUGGAGAAAAACUAUACUGAUGAAGCCAUUGAAACAGAUGAUCUGACUAUUAAGCUUGUCAUCAAGGCUCUUCUUGAGGUUGUGCAGUCUGGUGGGAAGAACAUCGAGCUGGCUGUUAUGAGAAGAGAUCAGCCCCUGAAGAUUCUAAGCCCUGAAGAAAUUGAGAAGUAUGUUGCUGAAAUUGAAAAAGAAAAGGAAGAAAAUGAAAAGAAAAAGCAGAAGAAGACAUCAUGAUGAACCCAAUUCAGCACCUGCUUAGCUGCUUCUUUUUAACCGAAGCAAUGGGUUGUUCUGUAUAGACAAGAUGUAGGCAUUCCGUUUAUUCAUACUGUGCUCCUCUUGAGACCUACAAUAAACCUACUGAUUUUUUUUAA